AGGACCCCUGAGCAUCUUAAACAUGGCGGCUGUCACAAGGCUGUGUUGUGUCCUCAGGUUACCAUAUGAAGGUGUUGGAACACUGAGAGCACUAGGGGGCGCCGCUCACCUAUCCCACUUUGUCAGACGCAGUCCCACCCAGCACGCUCCAGUCACAGCAACCCUGCAGCCAAACAGACAUAGCAGCUUCUUCAACAAAUUGACAGCUGAAGAGCUCUGGCGGGGUGUCUUAGCCGAGACUGGCGCCGGUGCCAGAAAGGGACGAGGAAAGAGAACCAAACGUAAAUUGAAAAGAGAUCUCAACAGAGGACAGAAUCUUGGAGAAGGUCGUGCUGGGUAUCUGUGGCCCGGUCUGAACACGGCUGUGUACAAGGAUGGUUCCGUCCAGAGGCCUUCACAGCGAGGUGAGGCGGAGCAAAAAGAGGUCACAGCAGCCCUGGAACGCCAAAGAGAUGAAUGGGACAAACGCAGGAAGACCAAGAUAAAGAGAGAGAGAGGAUGGACGGGCAACUCCUGGGGUGGGAUCAGUCUGGGCCCGCCGGACCCAGGCCCCAACGGAGAAACUUAUGAAGAUUUCGACUCGCGAGUCAUAGAGGUCAAGAGUGUGUUUAACAUCACAGCCAAGGAGGGGAGGAAGAGAUCUAUUAGCGCUCUGGUUGCUGUGGGCAAUGGAAAUGGGGCUGCAGGAUUUGCACUGGGGAAGGCAGCAGACAGGAACACUGCACUUAGAAAAGCAAAGAACCGAGCUGUGCAUUAUCUCUACUACAUCGAAAAAUACAACAACCACACCAUAUAUCAUGACAUCGAGUCCACCUUUAAAAGGACCACGCUGAGAAUUAAGAAACAGAACGAAGGUUAUGGCUUGCACUGUCAUAGGGCUGUUAUCACUCUCUGUAAGCUGAUUGGAAUAAAGGACAUGUAUGCUAAAGUGGAGGGCUCCGUCAAUCUCUUAAACAUCACCAGAGCUCUGUUUCAUGGCCUGGCCAGUCAGGAGACUCAUCAGACUCUAGCUGAUAAAAAGCAGCUUAACGUUGUGGAGUUCAGGGACGAGCAGGGGCCUCUGCCUGUCAUCGUGGCCCGGCCGCAGCUCGGUACACGUAACGAGCCGGAAGUGCAGGAUGAGGUACCCAACGCGCGCCUGCACUGGGCGGAAGUGAAAGCCGCGCAAGGCGUAAAGAGAUCAGUGUGGGCAGGGGUCAAAAGGACCAUCUGGUGAUUUGGACAAGACCGAACAAUGAUGUCCUGCUGGACUUCACUGUCGGCAGUGUUUUCGGGGAGCUGGUGCUCCUUGACCAUACUUUUACAGCACAUUAAAGUGACCGUUCACCCAAAAAUGGAAAUUCUGUCAUUUACUCACUCACUCAAGUUGUUCCAAAUCUGUAUAAAUGUCUUUGUUCUGAUGAACACAGAGAAAGAUGUUUUGAAGAAUUUUUGUAACCUAAUAGUUCUUGACAUCCCACUACUUUUACCCACUACUUACAUAGUGGGUAAAAUUACAAUGGUAGUUGUACAUUCUUAAAAAUGUAUUUUGUGUUCAACAGAACGCUAACAUUUAUAAAGCAGUUUUUCCUACAUUGGUAGUCAAUGGCGGCCAAGGGCAGUUUGGGUAGAAGCUUUCUUUCAAAUACCCUUCUCUGUGUUUAUCAGAACAAAGAAAUGUUUACAGAUUCGGAACAACUUAAGGGUGAGUAAAUUAAGUCAGAUUUUUUUAUUUUUGGGUGAACAGUUCCUUUAAGUGUGCGAAAGUACUCAUGGCGAUUAUGACUAUAUAUUUCUAGUUCAUUGCAAUGUGAAUGUUGGAAAAGAUAUGAAUUAUUGUUUUUCAAUCUUUCACUUUCAACUUAUAUUUACCUGUAUGUGACAUUACUGUAAGAGCACCAAUAAAUCUACAAUGAACCCAGACA